CAGGCAAAAUAUGAUAACAUUAAAAUUAUCAUAUAUACAGGGGACAUCGAAUGUUCGCCAAAUGCAAUUUUAGAAAAAGCGAAAAGUGUGUUCAAUAUUAACAUAGAAAAAGACAGUGUUACAUUUGUGUACUUAAAAUUAAGACAUUGGGUUGAAGCAAGCAAGUAUCCGUGCUUCACUCUUUUGGGUCAAAGUGUUGGUUCAAUACUUCUAGGCCUGGAAGCAUUGUGCAAAUUCCCUCCCGAUAUAUAUAUUGACACUAUGGGGUAUGCAUUUACGUUACCAUUAUUUCGAUAUAUAGGAUGUUGUAAAGUUGGCUGCUACGUUCAUUACCCUACAAUAAGUACAGAAAUGUUGAGGAGGGUUCAGCAGCGUGAAUAUUCUCACAACAAUCAUAGUUAUGUUGUUCGCAAUCCUUUUUUGACGUGGAUAAAAGUUACAUACUACAAACUCUUUGCUAAGAUGUAUAGUUGGGUCGGUCGCAGUUCCGAAACUAUAAUGGUGAAUUCAUCUUGGACGGAAAAUCAUAUACUGAAUUUGUGGGAUGUACCAUUUAAAACCCAUCGUGUUUAUCCUCCUUGCGAAGUCAACCAUAUAAAGAACUUGAAACGAUUAGAAAAUCCUAACAAAAUUAUAAUAUUGUCGGUUGGUCAAUUUCGGCCAGAAAAGGAUCACCCUCUUCAAUUGCAGGCAAUGUAUGAAUUAAGGACGUUAUUAAGUAGAAAUGAAGAACUGUGGAAUAAAAUCCGGCUUGUUAUUGUGGGAUCCUGCAGAAAUGAAUCAGAUUAUGAACGGCUUAAAAACAUGCAAGACUUAUCAAAACAUUUGUCUUUGGAGAAUAGUGUUGAAUUUAAAGUAAAUGUUCCAUACAGUGAACUAAUGGAAAUCUAUAAAAUUGCAAGUAUUGGGAUUCACACCAUGUGGAAUGAACACUUUGGUAUUGGAAUAGUGGAAUGUAUGGCUGCAGGUAUUAUUAUGGUUGCACAUAAAUCUGGAGGUCCGCUUUUGGACAUAAUUGAAACUUCCGAAGGCUCACAAAAUGGUUUCUUAGCAGCGGAUGCUUCGGAAUAUGCAAAUUGCAUUUUAUCGAUAAUUUAUAACAAUAAGGAAGAAAAUGAUGUCAUAAGAAAUGCAGCAAGGUCUUCUGUGGAACGUUUUUCUGAGAAAGAAUUUGAAACAAACUUUCUACGUGCAAUAAUCCCCCUUUUCAAUAAAAAAAUAAAUUAAU